AUGGAACCGCCUUACGGCUACAGAGGAUCGGAAGACCAUUCCUUUUCGCCUUCACUGUACUCGCCUCGCGACUCAUCGGGUCUCAGCCAUGACCUCAGCCCUCAGUCGUACAUGGCAACUCCGGGGAGCUCAAGUUUUGCUGGUCAACAGGUCGCAGGAGGCGGAUCGAAUGCCGUGGAAAACCAGUCAAUGAAUUCUCCAAAAUCUUUGAGAAAGUCUAAAGGGCACGUGGCGUCAGCCUGCGUACCGUGUAAGAGGGCUCACCUGAGGUGUGACGCACAAAGGCCAUGCUCCAGAUGCCUAAGCAAUGGAAAGGAUGAUGCCUGCGUUGAUGUUCAACACAAAAAGCGUGGACGACCACGGCUCAGAGACGACAGGGAUACCCGAUUUGAUCCUAUACGCCCCACGAUUUCUCGAGAUGCUUCGCCAAGACGUGCUCUGAGUUUACAUCCCUCCAGCAGCACGGGCUCUCUAUUCGACGAACAUUAUCAUCGCCACCAAUCAUUCCGGCCAGCUGAAAUUCCAACGACCAAUUGCUUCUCAGGCAGACAUGGGGACAGGGCCUCUUCCUCCGAAUCUACCACUUACACCACCCCGCUAUCGGCGUCCGGGGAACCUCCAGAGCCUGUUGCUUAUUUGAACAUGGACCUCGAGUUUGUGAAAGCAUCCCCAACGUUCUGGGAUAUCCUUGGACUACCAAGCAUGGUUGGUCGAUCCGUGGCAGACAUUGUCUUACCGGCCGAGUUUGAAAAGGUCUCGCGAAUCCGCACCCACCUCAAUAGUGAGCAAAAGAGGAGAGAGCCAAAUUACCUCCCGCCGAUAUUAGGGCACGGUUUUCAGAGCAUUCAGGGGCUCGGUUUUUCCUUUGAGGAUUUUGGACGGUUUCCGCUAAACUUCCACGACCACUUGGCGUUUGUCGGGGCGAAUGGUUAUGUUAGGCCCACGCCCAUCCGUGCAGGCUUGGCCAAAGAGGGUUCUUUCUACUUUGUCGUGCUGUUGUUGGUGUCGACAUCAAGACAGCCACAGGAAGCAUCUCCCGUCUUGGGCUCACUUGGGGCUCACGCUGGCUCAUCGUAUCAGCGGUCCAGUUCGGAUGUCAAGAUUGGACAGCGAGCGCCGUUUGAUCCUAUCCGAUACAGGCCUGGCGAGUCGCCUUAUCCGGCAAGUUUGAGCCUUGGAUCCUCUGGGCAUGUGAGUCGACCUCCAAACCUUGGAGACCAAAAUUAUACCCAGGCAGGAAGGCCGGCAGAAGGGCCUUUGGAAAGGGAGUCGUACAGCUCUUCACCGUUUCGUGUGACGCAGCAAGAGCCAUCGGGGGCAGGCAAUUCUAAUCCCCGACAAAGCCUCCAGCUGCCUCCGAUCCGAUCGCCAUCGUUACAAGCAGACCGAUUGGCAUCGACUGGAUCAUCGGCGUGGAAGAGUCAAGAACGAUCGAGUCGUGUUGAUAUUGGUGGCUUGAUUCAUCGACCUGGGGAGCUGAAACGGCUGGGCGAAGAAGGACGAUGA